AUGUCGAAUGAUGAUGACCGGGCAUGGUCCGAUCAUGACAGCUCAUCACCAUGCAGCGACGACGAUACAGACAUGAACCCCAAACCAAGAAAUGAAGGUACUGAUGACCAACCACUUCCUCCUGAACUCAAAGUACAACCUGCCAUGCCUUUUUCUUAUCCAAAUGACACUAUUCCGAAUCAUGGUUCAACCAAUAUUGGUAAUAACAACAACAAUAUUCAACUCCAUGACGAUGAUCAUCGUGUCGACUCAAAUUCGAGUUCAUCCGCACAAGCAACAACAUUACUCAUCAAUAACAACAACAUUCCGAAUUAUGGAUCCGAAACCAAUCAUGCAGUAGUACCAAUUCCAAUACCAGUGCAUCAACAACGUUCUCAAUCGACAUGGGAUCAUGAUGAGUUAAUGAAAGGAUGGAUUGUGAAAUAUACGUACAGUAAUGUACCGCCAGAAGUAUUGGUUGAAAUUUUCAAAUUUUUGGAUAUUUCUUCCUUGUCCAUGUGCUCUCUUGUGUCACAAUCAUGGUAUUAUGCAACAUUGCAUGAUGCCUUGUGGGAGCCAUCGGUGAGGAAAUUAUUCUACAAUUUUAAUGAUCAGGAAGGAAAUUUCUACACCAUUGACGUGGGUCGAAUGAAUAAGCGAUAUGGAAAGCCAAUUCCACCUCCACCACGUCCAAAGAAAAUUGAAGAUUAUGUCACCAUUGAAAAUGGUAAAAUUAUUUCGUAUCACACUUUGAGAGCUCUCAACAUCGAGCAAGGAAAAAAGAAGCUCGAUUCAAAAUUGAGAAGAGAUCGAAAGGAAUAUCUUCGAGCUAAAAUGCAAGAACAUUAUGAAAAUAUGAAUAGUUUGAGAUAUCGAUACUUUUUUGGAUUCGCCACUCUUGUUUACAUUUCCCUAUUUCUAUUCCUUUGCAUGGUUGCUGUCAAGGAUGCAAUUCCUACCGAUGUCAUUCCUAACUGGCAUCAAUAUUCAUUCAUUCCACUAUGGUUUUUCUUUAUAUUUGGCUUUGGACAAAUAUUUUUCGUAGCUUACAUGUACGGCAAUGCUCGAGAUGUUCAAAUAUUAAUGAUGUGUGGAAUUUUAUUAUUGGUCUUACUAGGAGGAUUAUCAUCAGCAAUUUUAUCAUUCCUUAAUUUGGCUGUUUUACCUGCGACCUAUAAUUUUGUGACACGAGCAUGGGAAUAUACCAUUUCAUGGUUUAUCAUUCUCAUCCCUGCCUAUAUUUUCAUACUCGUAAUGUUUAUUGGAAUGAUUGUCAUUGUAGGAAUUGUUACUAUUGAAGAUUGGUCCAAUCAUCAACCUUGGAAAAAGUCAUUACGACAUUUUGCAACAAGCAUGUAUUUCUCAACUCUUAACAUGUUCAUGAUUUGUGCUGUCAUCAUGAUUGGGUUUACAUUGGAAUAUCCAACUUACUUUGCAACGUUUUGGCCAGGAAUUUUAGCACUCAUUGUAUCGUUUGGUUUUGUUUUGACCACAGCCAGAUUCCUUUGGAAGGAGAGAAAGAAUGAAUACUCUUCUGAUAGAUACAUCAUGUCAUUUGGUUUGAUCUUUUUCAUUUGUUUGUGUAUUAAUAUUAUUGUGGUUGGUUUGUAUCCAUUUUUAUUGAGCUAUUCAUGGUUCAGCAGUUUACUUCCUCUCACGGCUGCUUAUGCCUUUGUGUGUAGAAUCAUUUAUGAAGGUUAA